AUGCGAACAUCGGAAUGGGAUAAUAUGGGAGUGAAAAUCGAUGGUCGGCUGAUACAUCAUCUUUGCUUUGCUGAUGACAUCGUCUUUAUAACACGAAACAUUAUCCAAGCGGAACGAAUGAUUGCCGACUUUGACAAAGCCCGUGGAAAGAUUGGUCUUCGACUAAAUCCCGCAAAAACCAUGUUUAUGAGUAACGGAUUGGUUUGGCAUGCCACAUUCACGCUCAACGGAACGAACAACAUGUUGAACGACUUAGCUGCAGAGUUGAGCAGAAGGAAACGAACGGAUUGGCGAGCUUUUAAUAGCAUCGAGGAUGUAGUGAAGAGGGCAAAGAACGACCGACUCCGUGCCCACCUUUUCGUCUCAACGGUACUUCCUGCCCUAACGUAUUCGUCAGAAACCUGA